UAUACUUUAAAAAACACAACACCGUUUAAAUCAUUAAAUUCUUGUUCUAUAUGCGAUUUAGGGGUUCUACUUCACCAGCGAUGACUGACUUAUUCAACACAACUGCUGAGUACGCUGAUGAUUAUCCGGAUGAAGUCUGUGAAAAAGACCAUGUGGUCAAAUUUGGAUCCAUUGCUACUCCGUUUUUUUUCACCAUCGUUUUCACACUGAGUCUGACAGGAAACAUCCUGGUUCUUGUAAUCCUGGGUCUGUACGAAAACCUGAAAUCUCUGACGAACAUCUUCAUCCUCAACCUGGCCGUCUCCGAUCUCAUCUUCACCAUCGGUCUUCCCUUCUGGGCCAUCUACCACAUCUGGGGUUGGAUAUUCUCAAAGGUCAUCUGCAAGGCUGUGACCUUUGUCUUCUUCACCGGGUUUUACAGCAGUGUUCUUUUCCUCACCAUCAUGACCAUCUACAGGUAUCUGGCCGUGGUCCAUCCUCUUUCUGACAUGAGUAAUCAGAACGUUUGCGCCGGGGUUUUAGUGUCUGGGCUYAUGUGGACAAUCAGCAUUGCAGCAGCGAUGCCCUCUCUUCUCUUCACCUCUCUCAUCACCAUCCACCACAAAGACAAAAAUUCACUGGGCUGUGAAUACGAAGAUCUAUUCUGGAAAAUGUUUGGUACUGGCCAGCAGAACCUUUUUUUCCUGCUUGCUUUUGCGGUGAUGGGUUUCUGCUACGUUCGAAUACUCAUAAAYAUUACAAGAACCAGGUCUCACACGAAAAACAGAGCAGUCAAGUUGGUCUUCUGUAUCGUGGCUGUGUUUUUCGUCGGCUGGGUGCCGUACAACGUGGUGAUCUUUUUGAGAGUUUUUGCUGACAAACUGAUCCCACCGUUUGAUGACUGCGACACAAGCAACCACCUCGACUAUGCGUUCAACGUGUGCCGGCUCAUUGCUUUCUCCCACUGCUGCCUGAACCCUGUCUUUUAUGCAUUUGUUGGUGUGAAGUUCAGGAGCCAUUUGAAGAUAAUGCUGCGUAAAAUGAUCAGACGACAAAAUUCUGCUCCAGGAGAAGAAAUCAGAAUGAAAAACAUCAUCUCACGAGGAUCAAUGUACUAG